AUGGACACAUAUUACCAUUCAAAUGAAAAUGUCCAGGCCUCCUGGUUCCUGAAACUGGAUAAAAACUAUACGAUGAAAUGGAUACUUUUAUCAGUCAGGGGAGGACAUUAUGAAGUACACGUUACAGAUGGUAACCUAACAACAAGCACGCCCACACUGUGUCGGAAUUUCAGUUUUACCGGACCAAAUUCCUUAAAGAAAAACAACAAGGCCUUGGAAUGUUCCACAGAAAUGACAGGGGAUACAAUUGUCAUGACAAGAACAGAUUUUGGACCAUUGAGGCUGUUUGACUUGUAUCCCAUAAUUUGUCCCGAAAACCACUACGGACCAAACUGCACUAAAUGCAAAGCAGAGUGUAUACCCUGUAGUCCUAUCACUGGUGUAUGUUUGAAUUCGAUGUGUGACCAAAAAACAGGUAGAUGUGAAGAUUGGAAAACAGAAAUGGUUACAUACAGUACCGCCUCUGACGAAGACACACCUAGUACUAAGGAAAUGAACGUCAUUCAAGAUUUGAAAACAGAAAGGGCUACACACAGCACCAUCGCAGAUGAAGACACACCUAUUACUAAGGAAAUGGACGACAUACAAGAGGUCAGCUCCAACAGAGGGGACCAGACUCAGUCCAUCAUAGUGCUGUUUGUUCUCGUGGUGAUAGCUGUGGUUUUGGUUUUUAUUGUGGCUUUCCGCUUUAAAAAAAGAACGAAAACACCAAAAGUGCAAAUCAAUGAGGAAAAUGUCUUUUCCGUGGAAUUACAUGGAGUAGAAUCACGAAACGAAUACGAACUAGAGGAGAUUCCCCAGAACGAGGUUGGCGAUGUUGAGGAUGAAAUCAUCACCGUAGAGUACAGUAAUCUGACGUCACAAAGGGUCUCCAUUGAUCAGUUCAUCAGAGAAUUACCAGAAAAAAGAAGCAACGGAAUCCUGGAGAAAGAAUUCGAUGAACUUCCUACUGGACUACUAGAGUCCUAUUCCAAUGCUCUGAAGGCUUCCAGUAGAAAGGGGAAUCGAUACAAAGGAAUUUAUCCAUAUGAUUAUAAUUGCGUGAAAUUGAUGAGAACAUAUGCAAAUGAGAACGAUGACUUUGUCAAUGCAUCUUACAUACAUAAUGACGUCACAAGGAUCGUCAUGCUGACCAACCUUUACGAAGGAGAUAGGAUGAAGUUUCUGAAGUACUGGCCGGACACGGAUCUGGACAUCGGUCAAUACACCAUAAGACUGGACAAUGUGGAUGUGUACGACCACUACGUGCUGAGAUAUAUGGUUGUUCAUUGUCAGGAAGAGGAGAAGAAAGUGACCCAGUUUCACUUCACCACCUGGCCAGACAAUUCCAUUCCUGAUGAUCCGACGUCACUCUUUUACUUCCGUAACCUGGUCAGAAAUGGAUUGACCACAUCUGAUGGACCGAUAGUCGUUCAUUGCAGUGCUGGAAUUGGGAGAACUGGAACAUUCAUAUCAUUUGAUUACCUCCUGGAAGAGGGCGCUGCAGAACAGACAGUUGAUGUCAAGGGGUACAUUGCUUCUUUAAGACAGCAGCGCGGAGGAUCUGUGCAAACUUGUGACCAGUACAUCUUUCUUCAUGAGGCACUUAUGGAAGGAAUUUCAAACAGCAAUGUUCACCAUGGUUGUCUAUCUGUGUUGUAACAUAUGGGUAUAUGAGAAAAAUAUAACAUACUUACACACAAAUAGUUUGCUUCAUUUUCACAUAAGGAGACAUCAAUAUGACAAGAGUGUUUCGAUGUCACGUAACAGGAACAUAAGAAUACCAAAGUACACUUCAUUCCGUCGUGCAUUGUUCAUUUGUAUAUUCUAUGCAGAUUAUUGUUUCAAAGUAUGAUUUUCUUCAUGUCUUAUUUAAAAAAAAAUCUCAUUCCUAAUCAGAUAUUUUAAAUUUUUCUUUACGAGACCACGUUUUACUUGUUACUCAUUUUGACUGUGCGUCAUACAUUGACAUAAAGAAUAGG